AAGCGCUGUGCCGCAGACACUCCGGAAGUGAGGCGUUUAUUGACAAUAUGGCGACCGGGCCAGCUAAGAAGGGACUGGAAUUUUUUUGGGUUUGACAGAGAGCGCAGAUGUGGAUGAGCAACGCGAAAGCUGUGCGCGAUAGAGUGUUAUGAAUGAAGGGACUCAGGAGCUGUCGGGAUGUUGUCUCUGAGCUGAGCGAGUGUUCACAGCUUCAGAUUCAUCAUGUCGUUCUUCAGGCGGAAAGCUAAAGGAAAGGAACCUGAGAGACCAGCAGAUGCCAAAGCCAGCAAAUCCCCAGUGUCGCCCCACUCCCCCUCCCUCAGUGGGCGUAACCAUCAUGCUAUCCUGGAGGCGGCGGGACCCAGCCAUGUGGCCAUCAAUGCUAUCUCAGCCAACAUGGACUCGUUUGCUCGUGGCCGCACUGCUAUCCUCAAAAAACAGCCUAGCCACAUGGAGGCAGUACACUUCGGAGACUUAGGUCGUUCCAGUGUCAAUUACCACCUUCAAGAGACUCGCUCUCGGCUUUCUAAAACCGUAGACCAGAUCCUGCGAGACAAUGUGGCCAUGCCCUACUUCAUACAGUUUAUGGAGACUCGCUCAGCUGAUCACCUGGUCCGGUUCUGGCUUGAGGCUGAGAGCUUUCGGUCCACUAGCUGGUCGAGGGUCAGAGCACACAGCCUCAACUCAGUCAAACACAGCACCUUGGCUGAGCCGGCGACUGCUCUGGGAUCUCCCGACUCCCCAGAAUCCCCAGAAGAGCCCAGCAGGCCCUCAGCUCUGGACGAGGGAGAUGAAGAGGACCCCUUCUCCUCCCGGACAUCCUCCAGACCUCACACCCCCAGCCCUCAGGACACUAACUCUUAUACCGGGGCUCUAAUAGGCCACCGGAACUCUGUUAGCUCAGAGGGGGCGGCCCGGCCUGGGACACCCCACCUGCAGCCCACCGUAAGAUCAGAAACGCCCACCAGACAGCCCUCCUCCAGGACAGGCACUCCAGUUAAAGGCCAGUCUGCUGGUGGCCUCCGUGAGCUCUCUGAGAAACUUAUGAAAAGUAUAGAAAGGGAUGCUGUUAACAUUUUCACCAAGUACAUAUCUCCAGAUGCUGCUAGGCCUAUUCCCAUCACCGAACAGAUACGCAACGACAUUGUGGCGAAAAUCUGUGGUGAGGACGGACAGGUGGACCCAAACUGCUUUGUCAUUGCACAAUCUGUUGUUUUCUCCAUCAUUGACCAACAGCACUUUAUCGAGUUCUUGCGCAGCCAUUAUUUCUGUAAGUACCAGAUCGAGGUGCUGACCAGUGGCUCUGUGUUCCUGGCGGACAUCCUUUUCUGCGAGUCAGCCCUCUUCUACUUCUCUGAGUACAUGGAGAAGGAGGACGCAAUGAAUGUGCUGCAGUUCUGGCUGGCUGCAGAAAACUUUCAAGAUCAGUUGGCUGCCAAGAAAGGCCAGUAUGACGGACAGGAAGCCCAGAAUGAUGCCAUGAUCCUUUAUGACAAGUAUUUUUCACUCCAAGCCACAAAUCCAUUGGGUUUUGGUGACUCUGUACGGAUGGAGAUCGAAUCCAAUAUCUGUCGAGAAGGCGGACCUCUCCCAGACUGCUUCAACACUCCACUAAGACAGGCCUGGACCACCAUGGAGAAGGUUUACAUGCCAGGCUUCCUGUCAAGCAACCUUUACUACAAGUAUUUGAGUGACCUUAUUAACUCUGUACGGGUGGACGAGUUCAUUGGAGGAAAUGCCAACACUCCGAACCAGGGCUGGACCCAGGAAAGCGACCGCAACUCGGGCGUCACGGAAGGGUCACAAGCCCAGCAAGGUACUAAAAAAGCAGCAAUCAAGAUCCUGAAGAACUUCGAUGAGGCGAUAACGGUGGACAUCGCCAGUCUGGACCCUGAGUCUCUCUACCAGAGACCAUAUGCUGGAAGAAUGACCUUUGGAAAGGUGAAUGAGCUGGGCCAGUUCAUCAGAGAAGCCGAGCCAGAACCAGAUGUGAAGAAGUCCAAGGGUUCAAUGUUUUCUCAAGCAAUGAAGAAAUGGGUGCAAGGAAACUCAGAUGAGGCACAAGAAGAGAUGGCAUGGAAGAUUGCAAAGAUGAUCGUAAAUGAUGUCAUGCAGCAGGGACACCAUGAAAGCCCUGAAGUAAAGUCAACAAAACUAUGAGCCUCUGGUUCAGUGUGGAAGCAGCUCGUAUCAUCCCUCCUGACGUCCAAACAACCUGAAGACCAACACAGAGCUGAACUGCGUUAACAUAUCAGUGAGGACCCGAAAGAGGCAUUCCGUGACUUCCUGCAUGUGUUUGUGUGUGAGAGCCUGAGUGUUUAGAUAUGCACACUAAUAGCCAAAAUAAGAUUUCUGUAUGACCCCACCCCAUCAUUUCUAGCACUCAGAAGGAUUUGUGUUUAUUAUUUGAAGAGGUGCGAAAUGAGUUAAAGUACAGACGUAAAUAAACCAGUCAACCAACAAGUGAGAGCUGUCGCACAGCGGGCGAACAGAACAAGACUGAAUGAACACUGACGCAAGCUGUGGAAUUUCAAAAACCACCUGAGUCGCUGUUGCGCUUAGCUUUUACCAUGUCGACCAACAUUAAGCACACGGGAAUCUGAACAGGAACUGGUCUACGAAGUGGCGGUGACUAGUUUACUACGAUUUUUCCUUCCUCAUCUUAGUUCUUAUCUCACACUUCUCUUUUAUCUUUCUUUUUCAUUCACCUUUUUAAAGAGUGGCUGUUAAGUGCUUAGGUCCUUUUUUAGUACAAAUAAAGAGAAAAACAAAAAUGCAGAAAUACCCAAGGUGGCUAUGUACAGUUUUAUGGUAUGCCAUAGUGGAUGUAAGUCAAUCAGUGUCUGAGACUGUUCUGUCCCGCUCUCAUGGAGCUGAAGUGACUGAUGUUACAUUUGAAACUGGAAUGGGAACAGGAGAAUGUUCCCUGACUGCAGUGCAGAACUCCAUCUAAAACCUGAUUCUAGACUGUAGAGAUACGCAAACUGAACUGCAAUGUUUAUCCCCGUUCUAUAUAAAUGUGGAUUCCUGGUUUACCGCCAUAUAUUAAUGUUAGCUCUUUUUAUGGUGAUUGUCUUUUUUUUUUUUUUGUAUGAUAUGUCAAAACUCUGUCUAAGCAAAUCUCAAUGAUGACUGUUUUUGAAUUGCGUACUUGGACAUGAAGUUAUUGCUUUGGACCUCAUUGAGAUGUGGACGAGAAACAGACAAACGACUUUUGGUACUAUGUACCACUAAUAUGUUUUCUGACAUAUAUGUGUACUUAAUCUAUAAUAUAUUUAAAUGUGUUUGAUUUAAAUACAUAUAAUGUUGAAAUGUC